AUGCUCCUUUGGCGGAUGAUGAUGAUGAAAAAGACGCAAUACCCCAUCCCCCGCUACCGCCCCCCACCGCUUUAUCUGCCACGGACGUCACAGCUCAGUUCUUAUCUCCGCUGCUCACUCCGGAGAGUGUGGCCAAUCUGGUCCUCAUCAGUAUGGUCUACCUCCCGGACACCAUGCCGGCCUCCUUCCAGUCCACAUACACCCCGGUGGAGUCAGCCGGGACCGACGCUCAGAUCAAACAUCUCGCUCGUCUCAUGGCCUCGCAGAUGACUGCCGCCGGCAUCGGUCCAGGUGUGGAGAAGGUGAAGGACACGCCGGCAGAAGUGGUGGAGGAAGAAAGCUUGAAGCCGGAGACGGUGAUGAUCAAGCGUCGCGUCUCUACACUUGUGACUACGGGCCAGGCCAUCUCUGUGCUGGGCGCAAAGUUUAAGGAUCUCAAGGAUGAAGAUGACGGAGCUCCUCUCGCCAAGAAGAGACCGGAGCCAAUAUUACCAACUACUCAGAUCAG